UUUGAAGGCUGUAUAGGGGGCUCUGGCAUUCACCGUAUUUUACAUUAUUUUUACAUUUUAUAUUUAAUGGGAAGGAUGGGUACAGCUGUGUGAACAGGAAAAGCGUCAAAUUUCUUCAACAAAAUUUUAAAUAAAAAGGGGCACAUCUGUGUCUGAAGAAUGGAGACUGUCUAUGAGUUCCAGUUUGAAAAUGACACAGACUACCAUGGGCUACUUUGUGACAUUACAGAUAAUGGGACCUUCACAUGUAUGGAGGAAUAUCGUCUAAAUACCACUCUUCCAACCCGAGAAAUGCACCAGACAGUGAGGAUCCUGCUGUAUUCACUGAUAUUUCUGCUAAGCGUGCUGGGGAACAGCCUGGUUAUAGUUGUGCUAAUAAGAAACAAGAGGAUGCGAACUGUCACCAAUAUCUUCCUGUUGUCGCUUGCAGUCAGUGACCUCAUGCUCUGCCUGUUCUGUAUGCCUUUCACCCUCAUCCCCAACCUGCUCAAAGACUUUAUAUUUGGCAGCACAGUCUGCAAAGCUGCAACUUAUUUUAUGGGUAUAUCGGUAAGUGUGUCAACCUUUAAUCUGGUGGCCAUAUCUCUGGAAAGAUACAGUGCUAUUUGUAAGCCUUUGCAGUCACGAGUAUGGCAGACCAAAUCCCACGCACUGAAGGUAAUUGCCGCAACCUGGUGCCUUUCCUUCACAAUCAUGUCACCCUACCCAAUAUAUAGCACUUUGGUGCAGUUUCCAAAAUCCCAAAAUGCAACGGGCAACAUGUGUCGUCUUCAGUGGCCUAGCGACCUUACUCAACAGUCAUGGUAUACCUUCUUGCUGUUAAUCCUUUUUCUUGUUCCUGGGAUUGUUAUGUCAAUAGCCUACGGAUUAAUAUCACUCGAGUUAUACAGAGGGAUACGGUUUGAAGUCAACCAAAGAAAAGAACGGGCCAACAGCACAAGCAGUAAUCAGUUUGAAAACGGAGAUGGUUGCUACUUACAGAAGACAAAAAGAAAGAUGAAACUAGAAAUGCAGCAGCUCUCUACCCACAGCCGAGCUAAGAUUGAAAGAGUUCGGAGCAACAGCUCAGCGGCCAACUUGAUGGCAAAAAAACGAGUGAUCAGAAUGCUUAUUGUCAUCGUUAUCUUGUUUUUUAUCUGCUGGACCCCAAUAUUCAGUGCCAAUGCCUGGAGGGCAUUCGACACAACUUCAGCAGACAUCAUCCUCUCCGGUGCACCUAUAUCUUUUAUUCAUUUGCUCUCGUACACUUCGGCCUGCGUGAACCCAAUCAUCUACUGUUUCAUGAACAAGCGUUUUCGCUUGGGUUUCCUGGCUACGUUUGCUGGUUGCCCUAGACGAGGGGUGGAAAGCCGAGGAAUGGGACCAGGGAUUGCAGAAGAUGAGGGCAGGACCACAGGUGCUUCACUUUCAAAGUACACGUACACCAACAUCAGUAUAUCUGGUACAGCAUCUGCCCCUACAUGAAUAAAACUUUUCAUUGGAAAAUAAAGGACCGACCAUAUAUGUACACAACCAUAUGUUUUGUGAGAUGGUGAGAUGGAUUGUCUUGAACUAAAAUGUUUUUUGUUUUUUUUCCUCUCUCAUCAAAUAACAUAACGGAACAAAAUGGUAUAUAGUACCACCAGGAUUGCUGCUACUGUGUUGCUCUUUUUGCCAAAGAAUCGAGGGCAGUUUGAUAUAUCAAUUGCUUUAUGACAAUUCUAUCCUCAAAUAGCUGCAUACACUCAUUGAUAACAUAAACAACAUACUUCAUAAACAAGCCGUGUCAUUGGUGAAGAAACAAUAACUCACUUGAUACAAGGAUUGUGCUUAUAUUUAUAGUCUGGCAUCUGGCUGCAUGGGAUCAUAGACUAAACACAAGCAAGGGCAGUACGGUUGCUCACUAAAGUGUAACAUUAUAAGGGUUUAUU